CUCAGGCAGUGGCGGGACUCCGGGAGCCCCUCUCCCCAGCAAGUCUGGAGUUCAACCUUCGACUCUGCCGCUGGCCCCUCGCGUCUUCCUAGAGUCCCCGCGCGACUCGGAGAGUGGACGCGCAGCACCCGGACCUCGCCAUGGCUGGGGCGCACUGGCUGUUCUAUCUGUGGCUGAGCUGCUUCUGCGUGGUUCUGGCGCAGAGCGACAGACACAAGCACCGUUCCCCAGAGCUCCGCAAGACAGUGUCAGGCGACCACACGGCAGGUGAUGGCUCGGACGCCGUGUUGCCACCCCACGACAAGGUGUCAGAGCACAUGCUGAGGCUCUAUGACAGGUACAGCGGCGGCGGCAAGGGCGAGGCGGCCUCGACACCAGACUCCCCUGACCGGGGCUCACAGUCCCUGCGCCCUAAAACCCUGCGCGAAGGCAACACGGUUCGCAGUUUUCGAGCAGGAGCAGCAGGAAUUCUGGAAAGUAAGGGACUGCAUAUUUUUAACCUGACUUCUCUAACCAAGUCUGAAAAUAUUUUAUCUGCCACACUGUAUUUCUAUAUUGGAGAGUUAAUCAACAUCACCCUAAGUUGUCCAUUGUCUCGAGGAUGUUCACAUCAUGCUCAGAGGAAACACUUUCAGAUUGAUCUUUCUGCAUGGACCCUGAAAUCCAACAGAAACCUAAGUCAACUCCUGGGUCACCUUUCCGUAGAUGUACCCAAACCUCAUCGAGAUGUGGUGUCCUGGCUAUCUAAAGACAUCACUCAACUCUUGAGGAAAGCCAAGGAAAAUGAGGAAUUUCUUAUAGGAUUUAACAUUACCACCAAAGGACACCAGUUGCCAAAGAAAAUGUUAUCCUUUCCUGAGCCUUAUAUCUUGGUGUAUGCCAACGAUGCUGCCAUUUCUGAGCCAGAGAGUGUUGUAUCAAGCUUACAAAGACACCGGAAUUUCCCCACUGGAGCUGUGCCCAAACUGGAAAGCCAUAUCCGGGCUGCCCUUUCUAUGGAACGGAGGAAGAAACGCUCUACUGGGGUCCUACUGCCUCUGCAGAACAAUGAGCUUCCUGGUGCAGAAUAUCAGUAUAAGGAGGAAGGAGUGUGGGAGGAGAGAAAACCUUAUAAGACCCUUCAGACUCAGCCCCCUGAGAAGAAUAAGAAUAAAAAGAAACAGAGAAAGGCACCUCACCAGAAGAGCCCAACACUCCAAUUCGAUGAACAGACCCUGAAGAAGGCAAGAAGAAAGCAAUGGAUUGAGCCUCGGAAUUGUGCCAGAAGAUACCUGAAGGUGGACUUUGCAGAUAUUGGCUGGAGUGAAUGGAUUAUCUCCCCCAAGUCCUUUGAUGCAUAUUAUUGCUCUGGAGCAUGCCAGUUCCCGAUGCCAAAGUCUUUGAAGCCAUCAAAUCAUGCUACAAUCCAGAGUAUAGUGAGAGCUGUGGGGGUCAUUCCUGGAAUUCCUGAGCCUUGCUGUGUACCAGAAAAGAUGUCCUCACUCAGUAUUUUAUUCUUCGAUGAAAAUAAGAAUGUGGUACUUAAAGUAUAUCCUAACAUGACAGUAGAGUCUUGUGCUUGCAGAUAACCUGGCAGAGAACUCAUCCAAUGCUUUACUCAAUCAUUAGUUUAUUUUUAUGGACUUUUUUUUUUUUUUUUGC